UUUUCUAUUUUGUUUUGCUUGCUUUUUUUUUCUUUGCUUUUUUUUUUUAUUUUAUUUUAAUAUAAAUAUGCUCUUCUCAAAAGUAAUACUUUCCGUUUUAGCCCUUGCAGGUGUUUGUUCUGCUAGUGACCGUUUUAAAAUUCGUCAGCCCACUUCCUCGAGAACAUUAGGCUUUAAAUAUGAAAAGGAGCCUAUUUUCGGAGGCAAAUGCAAAGAAACAUAUGAUAAAUAUCUGAAGGUUCAAAGUGGGACUGAUAAAGGUGUUCAUUUCAAGUUAACCAACUGUAACGAUGAAGGCUAUUGUCAUUUAUAUAUUACUGAUGGUGACUAUAAGGGUUAUUGUCUUAGCGGUCACGAUAGACCAGAAUCACAAAGCUGUACUGGUUACGAUAAUAAGAUUUUCAAGUUGAAUUCUGAUUUCUCUAUCACGACUACAGGUGGUAAAUAUUUGGGCGUUGGUGAUGAGCACACAGAUGCAUGUGGUGAUUUUGAAUAUGCUAAACUUGGCGAUGAAAAAUAUCAUUGGUUAAUUGACUAUGAUGAAAAUAUGGACCUUGACUAUGAUGUUGAAAACGAAGAAGACUAUGAUAAAUAUUAUUAUUAUCACCCCAGAGGUGGUCAAAGAAUCUUUCAUCAUUGUCAUGAAUAGUAAAUAAAAUAAAAUCAAUAAUGACGUAAAAUAACAUUUUAAGUAUAUUAUUAUGCAGCUUAUUGCUUGUCUUUUUUUGUAAAAAAA